AGUAUUAAAGUUUCUCUUUGAAGUUAGCUGAAGCAAGGGAGAAAAAAAAAAACCCGCGAUUCCUCGAUCGAUACUUUCAAAGUUUCGCCUCUGCUUUUUCGUACAUUUCUAAUUCAAAGGCGAUUUCUCCACAGACAGCAGCUCUCUCUCUCUCUCUCUCUCUCUCUCUCUCUCUCUCUCUCUCUUCUUGCAUUUCUCGAGCGAAGGAGAUCUGCUGCAAUGGCGCAACUAGCAGCGGCUCGAUCCGUUAACGGCUCCGUUUUCUGCCCCAGUAGAAACAGCAAGAACCCGCUCGAGAAGCUGAAACCCUCACCUCUUCCGUCCAAGGCCUUCGAAGGAAAGGAACAGAAGAAGAAGAUCGGCCGCCUCAGUCUCCCAAUCACGGCUGCGAAGGGAUCGGCCCGUUCCGGCACGGAUAUUCUUCCCGUGUCGCCCGAAGACGUCCCGAAGAUUGGAAAAGAGGAAUUUCAAUAUAUCAAGGGAAUUCAGGAGCUUGGGGACUCAUCACUAGGCAUAUGGUCUAAGCCAAGUGUCAGACGCAAGACAAAAAUUGUUUGCACGAUUGGUCCUUCUACCAACACAAGGGAAAUGAUAUGGAAGCUAGCUGAGGCUGGUAUGAAUGUUGCUCGGUUGAAUAUGUCUCAUGGAGAUCAUGCAUCUCACCAGAAAGUCAUUGAUCUAGUCAAAGAGUACAAUGCUCAAUCAAAAGACAAUGUCAUUGCAAUUAUGCUUGAUACAAAGGGCCCUGAGGUCAGGAGUGGUGAUUUGCCACAGCCAAUCGCAUUAACUACUGGCCAGGAAUUCACCUUCACAAUCAGAAGAGGGGUUGGGACAGAUAAUUGUGUUAGUGUAAAUUAUGAUGACUUUGUUAAUGAUGUAGAAGUGGGAGACAUGCUUCUGGUCGAUGGAGGAAUGAUGUCAUUAGUGGUGAAGUCCAAGACAGAAGAUUCCGUCAGAUGUGAAGUUGUUGAUGGAGGUGAACUUAAGUCUAGACGGCAUUUGAAUGUUCGAGGAAAAAGUGCUACAUUGCCAUCUAUUACUGAAAAGGAUUGGGAUGACAUUAAGUUUGGGGUUGAAAAUAAAGUAGACUUUUAUGCCGUUUCCUUUGUCAAAGAUGCGAAAGUGGUCCACGAAUUGAAGGAUUAUCUCCGAAGCUGUGGUGCAGAUAUACAUGUAACUGUUAAAAUUGAAAGCGCAGACUCCAUACCAAAUCUGAAUUCUAUCAUUUCUGCAUCCGAUGGGGCUAUGGUGGCUAGGGGUGAUCUUGGGGCUGAGCUCCCAAUUGAGGAGGUUCCGCUGCUGCAGGAAGAGAUUAUCAGGAUGUGCCGUGGCAUGGGAAAAGCUGUUAUUGUAGCGACAAAUAUGUUGGAAAGCAUGAUUGUCCACCCUACACCAACCCGAGCUGAGGUCUCAGACAUUGCCAUUGCAGUUCGUGAGGGUGCUGAUGCGGUCAUGUUAUCUGGCGAAACUGCCCAUGGAAAGUUCCCACUGAAGGCUGUGAAGGUUAUGCAUACGGUUGCUUUGAGGACCGAAGCAACCAUGGUGGGAGGAGAAAAUCCCUCCAACCUUGGUCGUGCUUUCAAGAACCACAUGAGCGAAAUGUUUGCAUUCCAUGCAACCAUGAUGUCAAACACCCUUGGCACAUCGAUUGUAGUCUUCACCAGAACAGGAUCUAUGGCUAUCCUACUAAGCCACUAUCGACCAUUCGGCACCAUCUUUGCUUUUACGGAUGAUGAGAGAGUAAGACAGAGACUGGCCCUGUACCAAGGGGUAUGCUCCAUACAGAUGCAAUUCUCAGAUGAUGCUGAGGAGACCUUUGCGGAGGCCUUAUCUUACUUGCAGAAACAAGGGAUGGUGAAGGAAGGUGAACAGGUGGCUCUCGUUCAGAGUGGCAAGCACCCCAUCUGGCGCUCUCAAUCCACCCACAACAUCCAGGUCAGGAAAGUGUAGGUUGGCCCGACCGCAGAUCAUAUACUGCUAUCCAUUCGCAUAGUGCUUCAUCCUAGUGUCAUAAUCUAGAAACUCUUGCCAUUUCCCACACUUGAAACAAUUCCAGAAUGUCUAAUGUCCAUGGUGACUGUGUGGCUCUUUCUCAAGAAAAGGGUCCUGUCAUUUUGGGCAUCUCUGCAUAAAUACUUGUAAGUUGCAGCAUUUUAUUCGUAAGUUGGUUUGAAUGGAAGAAGAGCCGCAAGUUUUACAA